CGUUCUCAAUAGACGAAAUCUGUCGUUGGGCAAUUGGUCACUUGAGACGACUUUGUUAAAAAUAAUUUCGUGGUUGUUUCUGAACCCACCUAAGGAUCUAAAUCUUAUUAAUUACUUUAUAUAUCCUAUCAGAAUAUUCCUUCACUAAAUUAUCUUUUCAUCACCUGCCCAAAGGCCUGCGACUAUGUGGUAGCGUGGACUUUCCUACGGUGCACUUGGCUACGAACCCAUUAAGCGUGAACUUUCCUACAAGCCAAAAUACAAUAUGUGGACUUAUCUACGAAGAACUGCUACCUGUACUCAACUUAUAUCUGUUACUGUAAUAUGUCCAGUAAAUUUACUACUACUGUUAUUUCUAUAGAGUAGAUAGGUUGAGUAUUGAUACUUCCUCCUGUUACAGAUGAUAAUUAUUAUUAUCAUAUGAUUUGCCUGCCUCAUCCAGAAAUUUUAGCGUAUCAAAUACUCAUGAUUCGUCUAUAACAAGUAAAUCUCCUGAAAAUUCUUUGAACAGUCUACCGGAAAAUUUGAUGCCAUUCGUAGAUAUAUCAUCUAAAUUAGAUAGCGAGCUUUCUGAGUCUUUACAUGAGGAGGUUUCUGCUUCAAACGACGGUGUAAGAGUGAUAAAGUCAGCGGCUUUUGAACUGUCAGUGAAAGAUUCUUCUUCUGAGUGCUGUCCUCAUUUACUGCAGGAAAUUCAUGAACUUAAAGAGACUCUUAAAAAGCGUCUAAUAGAGUGGGAAGCAGCGGUAGAUCGUGCUGCUGACAUGGAGACUAGGUUGAAUGAGUUUUCAGUUAAAUGUAGAUGCAGAAAAUCGCGAGUCGACGUAUCAUGCAAUACAGUGAAUAAUUAUGUAGCUGAGAUAGAUUUACCUAAAAGUGUUUCUGUCAAUGAAAAUGCUUCAACUCUAAAAGAAAAAAUUAAAAAUCACAAGUUAGAAAUUGAAGGUUUGAGUGAUCAAAUAAAGAAAAUGAUGACUACGAUAGAAACUCUGGAAGCUGAUAAUCUCUGUCUACGGAACACAAUAACGGAAAAUGCUUCUGCGGCAUCAAGACUUACUUGGUCCAACCCUAAUGUCAAAUCGACUUCAAAUAUGACAUAUGCUUCAGUAAAUAAACAAAAUAAAGUAAUUAAAGGUAAUACUGUAAGUUAUUCACGUUAUAGUGUUUAUUUGUGGGCUGAUAGUCAGGGUAGAAAAAUGAGAGAUUUAAUAUGGGAGAGACUGCCGGUUGGCUACUCAUGUGAGGCUUACGUUGCGCCAGGAGCAACUUUUGAAAUAAUUUCGAAUGAAAUGCUUUCUUGUGGUGGACGUCAUAAUCUGGGUCUGAAUGAUUGGGUGUUUGUUAUAGCGGGUACAAAUAGUGUGUCGAACAAUUUCAAAAAAAGCGAUAUUGAAGCUUACAUUAGAAAGUUGAGUUAUUUAGCAAAUGAAUAUGGAAAUUGUAAUUUGAUAUUGUCAACUGUUCCUUACAGGUAUGAUUUAAGUUUUCAAUUCAACUGAGAAUGAAAUGAUUGAUGCGCUAAAUAGUGAAAUACGUUCCCUGUGUCAUAGGAAUAGCAUUCAUCUAAUUGAUAUAUGGUAUCUUGAACCUUCCAACUACACAAAGCAUGGUUUGCAUCUGAACAAAAAAGAACAAACCGAGCACGGGGUGGGUCAGCGAUUUUUGUUCAUGAUCAACUGGAAUUCAGGGCUCUUGAUCAUAUUAGAGUCAUGUCAAUCGAAAUGGUAUGCG